AUGCACCUCACCUCUCGAUACGUCACAUCGCUUCACAUCGCGUAUCCUAGAAUGAGCGAAACCGGUAUCAACUACACCAACAGAGACACUAUUACGACCCUGUACUUCCAGAAGCACAGCUCUGAAAAAUGGACAUAUCUACAUUUUUUGAAUGACAACCGCUCUACAAUUCUCACGUUACCGCCUUUUGCAAACACAUGGACUGGUCUUGAUGGUGCAUGGAGAACGCGUUUCCUACGGAUAGGCCGAACAAUGCAAGGAUGGAGUGACUUUAAGCGGAAGGUCAUUAUUUUUCUUUCUUCCUGGCAUGUGGUGGCAUGUGGUGUGGAAUCUCUUGGGAUAGUGGAUGCCGAGAGACUCUCUUCACUCCUCUUUUCGACAGUGGAUGCCACCCUUUUGAUUGAACAAAACCCAAAUAAACUUCGUCAGUUUUGGGAAACCAUAAUUGAAGACCGGAAAAGCAAGAUGAUGGAGAUGAAUGUUGCAAUCAACUAUGAACAUGCGAGCAUGCAUUUGCUGGAGCUUGCACGUGAAAAGAAAACUGAGGCUAUUGCAAGUAUUAUAGAAGAAUGUUCCAAAAAUCUUGACAGCGCAGCAAGUGUCGACGAGGGGGAAGAGCGGGGCGAGCCAAACAAGAAACGAAGUAGAUCUGAGAGAAUGCCAUUGAGCAAUCUCACAAAUGGUGAAUUUCCUACCAAAUUCAUUGAAGAGGACUUUAGAAUCUUGAGGGAAAAUAGGAUUGAGGGCAUCGCAUUCCUGGCACUGACGGAGGAGAAACUUGAGAGGUAUGGUAUGAAAGGUGGACCUGCGAAUAUCAUUGUUGACUACAUCAAAAAAUUGAAGGCAUCCUUCGAGCGAAGUCCACCAUUCUCAGGGAAAACCACACUCACAGAGCUUCUCAGUAUCUACCUUAGAAGGCUCGGACGAACAGUCAUAACCAUAACUAUCCAAGAAAGUGAAAAACAUUUUUCCAGCGAAGAAGCCUUCGAUGCUUUCUGGAUAGCAGAAGCCGGGAUAUCUUGGAGCAGCUGUGUCAAUGCCGAAGUGCAGACAGACAUUUUGGUGGAUGAGGCCCAAAUCCUGUAUAGACAUGCUCCUUGGUUCUGGAGCCAUUUGAAAAUUCUUAUGCAGGGCAAGAACUCCCUCAUGCGUGUUUUGCUCGUAAGCAUGUAUGGUGAGCUAUCUGGGAAUUGCAUCAGCACACCAAUCACAUUCCCACAGUCCCUUGGACUAGAUGACCUGCGACUGCCUCGUCGCGAAUUUGACACCCUUGUGGAGAACUUCAUCAACAUUCGUUACAAGCCAGGUUUCACGAUCCCAGACUCCACACGAGAUGCUGUUUUCAAAAUCACGGGUGGGCAUGCUGGCCUUGUCCGGGAGACACUAAGGCUCCUGCGUGAUCGCAGUGGAGACGGGUGUCGAGGUGACGAGAUGAACUGCUUCCUAGUCUCCCCCAGCUAUCAGGGCCUUCAGCAUCAGGGCUUAUGCUCGUUUUACUGGAUGCAGAGUUGGGUACCAGAUGCUGAUGAAAUUGAGGAUCUUCCGAAGUCAGCUGAUAUAGCCACUCGACUCAUUCACCAUGGGAUCAUCACUCAUGCAGCUGGAGAGCGCAUGCAGUUUGCAGCACCAAUCAUGCGCAUCAUGUUAGGCCAACGUCUCUUCUAUGCACCAGCUUCGUUGCGCUCGAAAUUGCCGGCUGCACGAAACUUCGAAAAUUUCCUAUUGCGCGGAUAA